AUGGGUACUUGCUCGGAGAGACCUCCUAAGUCUUGCUCACCCCUACCCCCACUGCCCCCCACCCAGAACUCAGGGUGUGCCCCUGUAUACAGGUAUGUGUUUGGGCACGUGCCUGAGGACCAAUUGGAGCAUCAUUCAUCACAGCAGGUGCUGGACACAGGCGAGCAGCUGAUGGUCCCAGUGGAGGUCCUGGAAGUGGACAAGGAGGGAGUCUGGUGGAAGUUUCUGCUUUCAGGAGCCAUGGCUGGGGCCGUGUCACGCACUGGCACGGCCCCUCUGGACCGAGCGAAAGUGUACAUGCAGGUCUACUCCUCCAAGAGCAACUUCAUGAACCUGCUGGGGGGACUACGGAGCAUGGUCCAAGAGGGGGGCUUCCGCUCCCUAUGGCGUGGUAAUGGUAUCAAUGUGCUCAAGAUCGCUCCUGAAUACGCCAUCAAGUUCUCAGUCUUUGAGCAGUGUAAGAAUCACUUCUGCGGUCUCCAUGGCUCGCCACCCUUUCAGGAACGUAUCCUCGCUGGCUCCCUCGCUGUGGCUAUCUCCCAGACACUCAUCAAUCCCAUGGAGGUUCUUAAGACGAGGCUGACUCUGGGCUGGACGGGCCAGUACAAGGGGCUGCAGGACUGUGCCCAGCAGAUCCUGGAGCAGGAGGGGCCCCGAGCCUUCUACCGCGGCUACCUGCCCAACAUGCUGGGCAUCAUCCCCUAUGCUUGCACCGACUUGGCCGUCUACAAGAUGAUGCAGAGUUUCUGGCGGAAGUCAGGCCAAAAUGUGGAGGACCCCAAUGGCCUGAUGGUCAGCGUGUCAUCUGUGACACUGUCCACAACCUGCGGCCAGAUGGCCAGCUACCCGCUGACCUUGGUGCGCACCCGGAUGCAAGCUCAAGACACCGUGGAGGGCUCGCACCCCACCAUGCGUGGCGUCUUUAAGCGGAUCCUAGCCCAGCAAGGCUUGCCAGGGCUGUACCGAGGCAUGACUCCCACGCUCCUGAAGGUGCUGCCGGCUGGAGGCAUCAGCUACUUGGUGUACGAAGUUAUGAAGAAAACUCUAGGUGUUUCUGCAGCGAGCUAG